AUGCCGCCCGCACGAACAAGGAAGCGCAAGUCGGAAGACUCAGUCGCUGAUGAAAACAACGCGCCCGGAACCGUUGCAGGAGAAAAGAUCCCAACAAAGGCAGGCAGUCCCGUGAGGACUCCUCCCGGCCAGGGUCCCGCGAAGAGGAGGAAACUCGGCAUCACCAUGGCCCAAAAGCAGGCUCUGAUCGAUAACUUGCAGCUCGAGAUCACCGAACGCGCAAGGAAGCUUCGCGCUCAGUAUAAUCUUCAAGCACAGGGUCUACGGACGCGCGUCGAAAUACGCGUCAACCGCAUCCCGAUGGCGCUGCGCAAGGCAAAGAUGGGCGACUUGGUAGCGAAAUACAUGGGCGGAGGCAACUUGGCAGCACAGCACGCGUCAAGCCGACCCGCGGCGGCGGCGGCGGCUUCUCAGCGCCCACCGCCAGUCCCCGAAAAGGAUAUUGCACCUAAGCGACCCAUGUCACAGGCUUCUAUAACAGCUGGGAACAUGCCAAGGGGUCCAGGCAGGCCAGCAAAGCGGCUCAGCAACGAAAUGGCUGGCUUCAACAAAGAAAACGUCGACGCAAACAGCCCCAAAAAGCGCGUUCGUGCGUCUCCAGCGCCUGACAUAGCUAACAACCCAUCACAAGUCCUCUCUCCCACAUCCUCCAACACGCGCAUCGUGCCGCGCAAGCGCGUGCCGCCGGCUUCGUCAGUAAUAGCAGAACAGCAACCGCCCCGCCCAGCAUCGCCAGCAAAAUCGUUUAUAGCCCGUCCGGCAUCUCCUAUCAAGAAACCGUCCCACAACAACCUUCUCAGCAACAUGGUCGAGAAGGCCCGAUCGACGCGGGCGGCCGCGACGCGCAAGACGACCACCUCAUCUACCGCCAGCUCGGCUGCUGGUGGCGGGACAACCAGGACCAGGAAGGCCACCGCCGCUACCACUGCCACAACCGCGUCGCGUGCCGCUGCUGCGCCAUCCAGAACUGCGCAGAGAGUUAGCGGCAUCAGUGAGUCUAGCGACGGGAGCACUGCGACCGUGGUCAGGAAGAGGCCCGCUACCACUGCGUCCCAGGCAUCGACUAGGACGGCCGCUCCUGCACCAGCCAAGCGGACUGUCAUGGGGACCAUCAGGAAAGGCGUUGCAGGGGCGACGACUCGCAAGGCUCCCGUCGCCAAGACAACCGCGCCGGCACCGGCAACUAGUACCGGCCGUGUUUUACGAAAGCGGACAUGA